GCUUCGUGUGCCAGGAUCCAUGCCAGCGGUCAAGUCGGACCAUUUAUCAUUCAUCUGAAUCUGUCAGGAGAAAUCCGUACCAGAAGCUGCAGCGUCCUGUGUCUGCGCAGUCGCAAACAGCAAACAGCAGAUUGCAUACCCGUCCUCUGUCUGCCAGUGAUGCUGAAAAUAAAAACACGAUGCCCUCAGGCAGAGAAAAAGCAACAGGAAGGCAAGGCAGCUCUGUGCUAGGUCUCUCCAUGGAGGAGAUAAAAGUUCUUCGUCGAGUGAGAGAGGAGAAUGAACGGAGAGGAGGCUUCAUCAGGAUAUUCCCUACCCCAUUAACAUGGGACCUUUAUGGAUCCUUUUUAGAGCACAAGACAUCAAUGAACUACAUGCUGGCUACACGUCUGUUUCAGGACAGGGGCAAGAUGAAAAGAGACUUCAUCGCUGGGAGAUCCCGAGCAGGUCUUAAUGGAAGGCUGGAUACGAGGCUGGAAGCUGUAGACUCUCAUGCUCUUUUUUAUGAGAGAAAGCUUCUUUCACUGGAGUUACGGAAGCGCCGGCAAAGUCAUGGCAAGGCUAGAGCAGCACGGACAAGAUCAUCAGAGACAUCAGAACCAACAAAGCUGUCCCUCAAGUCAGACACAGAAGGUGAGGAGGAAGAGGAGGUGGCUGAAGAUGAAGAGCUAGAUAGAACUGUUGGCCCUCUUCCGGAUACCCAGGUGAAAAGCAAGCCAAAGCUCUCUGACCUGGUGAAAACUACUUGCAAGGAGAGGAUACCAAAAAAACUUGACAAGAAAACUGGAGAUGGAGGACAGCCGUUUCUUCGAAAAACAGACUCAGAAUCUCAGUUUAACUUGCUGCAGAUUCUUCAAAACCGUGGAAACCUGAGUAAAGUGCAAGCUCGCAGAGCUUUCUCUGCCUAUCUACAGCAUGUUCAGUUGCGACUGAUGAAGGAGGCUGGUGACCAGAUCCAGAACCCUGCCUGGGCUGCCAAAGAGGAUGAGCAAAUGGAGCUUGUGGUACGCUUUCUGAAGCGAGCUGCCAGCAAUCUUCAGCAGUCCUUGAGGAUGCUGCUCCCCAGCCGUCGUUUAGGACUAAAUGAUCGUCGUCGUAUCCUGGCUCACCAGCUGGGCGAGUUCAUAGUCUGUUAUAACAAGGAAACAGAGCAGAUGGUUCAGAAGCGAUCAAAAAAGAAACAUGAGGAGGAGGAGGAGGGAGUGAAUCCUGAAGGUUUUCAGAACUUUAUUACCAGAGCGAGUGAAAGUGACCUGGAGGAAGUACUGACAUUUUACACACACAAAAACAAGUCAGCAAGUGUCUUCCUAGGAGCAAACUCCACAAGCACAAAACCCAGCAACACCAGUAACCAGUUAGAGAAACAGCCUCAAGGGGAGUAUCCUGAGGUGGUGAAAGAAAUAAAAGGUGAUUGGCCCAAAAGUUCAGUUGCAGAUCUGCCUGCAGAAGAAGCAUUAAAAGUCUGUAAACCCAAAGAAGUUAAAUCAACCUUUCCAGAAGGACCCACCUUCUCCUUAAAUGCUGAAGUGAAAUUACCUCGAUGUGGCCCUCCUAGUGCUUCUUCCUCUGUUUCUGGUGCCACAUUCCAAAGAAGUGCCAGUUCCUGGAUACCAUCUCAGCCUGCAGCCUCUGAAAAUUCACAGGUGCCUGGUCACCAUUCAUUGACGGCUCCUCCAGUUGGUCCCAGGCUGAUUCGGUCCCCAUCCCUGCUACCUUCCUCGCAGAGCACAGCUCCUGACAGCUCUUCUGUCUUCACAAACCCAGUGUCCAGUGAGGCUUCUAGCCUUGCAGGGUUACAUCGUUGUCAUUCUGGUAGCUACACCAUUGGUCCAUUUUCAUCUUUUCAGAGAGCUGCUCAGAUCUACAGCCAAAGAUUGUCCCGACCAUCCUCUGCAAAAGUAGGUUUGUGCCAUCACAGUCCAAGGGGGCAGCGUGCAGGCUCAGCCAGGAUGCACAAAGAUGCAGAAGAUACUUCUUCCCAGGGCAAAUGUUAUAGCCCCAGUAUGGUCGCAGCAGAACUGCAGCAGCUGGCAGAAAAGCAAGCCGCCUGUCAGUAUUCCCCACCAAGCCACAUCAGUCUUCUUACACAGCAGUUAACAAACCUGAACUUGGCAAGUGGAGCUAUAAGCAAGGGGAAUGCAGCCGCCUCACAGAGCUACCAAUCACCACUCAACAAAAGAGGGUCAUUGUGGGCUGUUCGGUCAGACACUCAAAUAGCUGACAAAAGAUCUGUCACUUCAGCAGUCAGGGCUCCUGAGAAUCAUCGUUUUGCCUGGGAAGGAGACAUGGAGAACAGUAUCUACAACAAGGUGACACGAAGUCCGCUGGCACAUCCCAACUAUCUGCUCCAUUUUGCUGUGCAGCAACUUCAGCAGCAAAAACUUCAGUCACGACAGCUGUUGGAGCAAAGCCAAGCCCGGCACCAGGCUCUUUUUGCCAACUACUCACAACCCAGCACCAGCCAUAUAUCUAUGCCAGCUGGCUCUGAUGCCCGCAAGACAUCAAGUGCCACUUCUAGUAUCCAGAAGGCAGCCAGUUUGCACAAAGUGAUGCCAUCCCAGAGUACGCCUUCUCAGCUGGUUCCAAAGCCUCCAGCAAGCCACAGGCAGACAGUGGUCAGAAAGGCUGCAGCCCAGAGGAUUUCCAAGGUGACAUCCACUGAAAGGCAACUAAACGGAUUCCAGAACAGCCUUCACAGUGCUGCAUCCUGUGAGCCAGGGACAAAUUCCACAGCCUCUGCUCACAGAGAAGGACUACCACUGAACACCAGGUGAGGAAUCCAGGGUGUUGCUUCAAGUAUGGGGCAAAGGAAAGAGUAGCAGUGACUUCAUACCACCACACUCCCAUAGCACCCAGGAAAGAGUGAAGAGGAGGCCCUGGUGAGAGGACAACCCACAGAGGAGAGUACCUGCACAUCUGUGGAAGCCAGUGAUACACCUGCAAGCUGAGGUGAAUGAUUGCUUCUGAGAGCUUCUGCUACUGAGUCUUGGGGUCCCUUCCUCCAACCUCUUCCUGAUCACUAUCCAUGAGAUCUUUCUGUAAGACAGAGGUCCUCCAGCUGUCUGUAUUGUUCUUCCUAAGGUCCAAGUUUGAACAUGAAGUCUCAUUUGCUCAGCCAUUUCAGUCUGUCCUAGUCUGGUAACAGCCAAGAGUCUCUGCUGUCAUCACAUGGCAACCAUCAGCAGAGAAAAAUACUAGAACAUAUGAUUGGAGACACCCGUGUUGGUUGCCAUCUAGAAUUUUGGCAAAGAGCCAUGGAAAUGCUUGGUUUGAAUAAAGUAAUUUCAUU